AUGGGCCCCGGGUCCUGGAGAGCUCCCGGGUCGCCGGCCCUGCGGCUACUGUGGCUACUGCGACUCCCGUGGCUGGUGUGGGGGGCCGAGGCCUUUCACGGAAACACCCUUGGAGAGCCAGUCACCCCUCACUGGGUCCUGGAUGGACAAGUCUGGCGUAUGGUCACCCUGGAGGAGCCGGUCUUGAAGCUAGACACAGGGCUGGUAGCCUUGGAGGCUGAAGGCCAGGAGCUCCUGCUGGAGCUGGAGAAGAACCACAGGCUACUAGCUGCAGGAUAUACAGAAACCCACUACAGCCCAGAUGGGCAGCCAGUGAUGCUGGUCCCCAACCACACGGAUCAUUGUUAUUACCAUGGGCGUGUGAGGGGCUUCCCGGACUCCUGGGUAGUCCUCAGCACCUGCUCUGGGAUGAGGGGUCUGAUCAUGCUCAGCAGCAAUGCCAGCUAUUAUGUGCAUCCCUGGCCAUCUGGGGAUGCCGAGGACGUCUCAACCCACAGGAUCUUCCGGACAGAGAAGCUACUUAACUGGAAAGGGGCCUGUGGCCACAAGGAUCCUGGAGACACAGGGAACAUGACCAGCCUUUCUCAUGCCACCCAGAUCAGGGACCUGCGGGAGGCCCGCAGAAGCCCGAGGUACCUGGAGCUGUACCUAGUGGCUGACCACACUCUGUUCUUGACCCAGCACCAGGACUUGAACCACACCAAACAGCGUCUCCUGGAGAUCGCCAACUAUGUGGACCAGAUUCUCAGGACUCUGGACAUUCAUGUGGCGCUGACCGGCCUGGAAGUGUGGACAGAGCAGGACCAGAGCCCCGUCAUGCCCGACGCCAACGCCACGCUCUGGGCUUUCCUGCAGUGGCGCCGGCGGCUGUGGACAAGGCGGCCACACGACUCGACGCAGCUGCUCACGGGCCGCGCUUUCCAAGGCAACACCGUGGGCCUGGCUCCGGUCCAAGGCAUGUGCCUUGUGGAGAGCUCUGGAGGCGUGAGCACGGAUCACUCGGAGCUCCCCAUUGGCGCUGCAGCUACCAUGGCCCAUGAGAUAGGCCACAGCCUGGGCCUCAGCCACGAUUCCGACGGCUGCUGCGUGGAGGGGGCAGCUGAGCCGGGCGGCUGCGUCAUGGCAGCAGCCACUGGCGGCAACGGCUUCGUGGAGCAGGGCGAGGAGUGCGACUGCGGCGCCGGCCAGGAGUGCUCCGACCCCUGCUGCUUCUCCCACAACUGCUCACUGCGCGAGGGGGCCCAGUGCUCCCACGGGGACUGCUGCGCGAGCUGCCUGCUGAGGCCGGCGGGCGCGCCGUGCCGGCGGGCUGCGGGGGACUGCGACCUCCCCGAGUUCUGCACGGGCGCCUCUCCCUCCUGUCCCCCAGACGUUUACCUGCUGGAUGGCUCGCCCUGCGCCAGCGGCCGCGGCUACUGCCGAGACGGCGCGUGUCCCACGCUCGAGCAGCAGUGCCAGCAGCUCUGGGGACCUGGCUCCAGCCCAGCCCCAGAGGCUUGUUUCCACCUGGCGAACUCAGCGGGAGACUCCCGGGGCAACUGCGGCCGGGAUGAAGGGGGCGCCUACGUGCCUUGUACGCAGAGGGAUGCGCAGUGUGGGAGGCUGCAGUGUCAGGGAGGGGAGCAGAGCCCACUGGCACCACACACGAUGCCGGUGGACUCUACCCUCCACCUGGAGGGCCGGGAGGUGACCUGCAGGGGAGCCUUCCUGCUACCCAGUGCCCAGCUGGACCUGCCUGACUUGGGCCUGGUAGAGCCAGGCACCCAGUGUGCACCUACAAUGGUGUGCCAGGACAGGCGCUGCCGGAACACUACCUUUCAGGAGCUGGAGCGCUGCCUGGCCGCCUGCCAUGGCCAUGGGGUUUGCAAUAGUAACCGUAACUGCCACUGUGAUCCUGGCUGGGCUCCACCCUCCUGUGACAAGCCAGGGCUGGGUGGGAGCAUGGACAGCGGCCCGGUGCAGCCUGGAAACCACUGUGCCUUCCUGCUGGCAGUGAUCUUUAGUUUCCUGCUGCCUCUGCUUCCUGGGGCCGGCCUGGCCUGGUGCUGCUACCGGCAGCGGGGAUCCCAUCUUCAGCAGCACCUGUGCGGCUCAAGGAGGGACAGUGGGCCCAAAGAUGGCCCAUGCAGGGACCACCCCCGGGGCAGUGUUCACCCCCUCGAGUUGGGCCCGAUGACCACUGAAGAGCCUCCACCCCCCGACACUGAGAUCUCUGCCAGGGCCCAAUAGCCACCGUGGCCCUACCUGCACCCCAAGGUCAAGCCCAGAAGCCAAGAUCCCAUCUCUGGUGAGAGGGGGAUCGUGAGAUGAGGGUACUUAAAGACAGGUGGCCACUGACAGCCACUCCAGGCACUUGGACUUCCAGGGGCAGAGCCAGCAAGUCAGCUGACCUGCACCUUCAGGCAGCUUGCAAGUUUCUUCCCUGAGUUAUGUCCACCCUACCCACUCCAGGACCCC